UUCAUUUUGUUUUCACUCAAUCUGAUUGGGUGGGCCUGACUCCCCAGUGGGUGGGCCUGUGUCCACCCAAGCACACUCAUGCCUACGCUCCUGACGCAAACUGUGCAUGAUUACUCAAAUGGCCAUCAUAAAUAGCCUGGAGCGGCAGGUAGCCUCCUUCCUUGCUCCUGGCCUGCCUCUUCCACCAAUCCAUUUGUUUCUUAUGGACGGAAAAGAGCAGAAGCUGUGAACUGUCCGAUCAUGUCCAUUGUUUACUGAGGUCGCCUAGUGGUUAAAGCGUUGAGCCAGUAACCAACAUUUUGCUGGAUCAAAUCUGACAAGCUGACAAGGUAAAAAGUCUGCCAUUCUGCCCCUGGGCAAGGCAGUUAACUUAAAUAAGAAUGAGUUCUUAACUGACUUGCCAAGUUAAAUAAAAAUUAACUAACCAAGAAGUUGGACUAAACUUUUUCAAUACCAUUGUUGCUUGUGCUAGAUAUCACAAAUUGAAACGUCUUUCCUACCCUACCGACUACGGAUGACAUUCUUCCGUUGAGCGGCUUCGUGCCAAAACCAGUUGAGAGCGGUGCGCUUUUGCUGCCUGCAGAGGAUAUCCAACUGAAACUACAACACUUAUUAAUUUAACGUGACACUUUUUUUAUUUUAUCUGUAACGUUUAAUCUAUCGUCAAUGUAGAGAGCGUAGAAUGUUGUUCUUCAGCAAGUGAAAAUGGUACUAACGUUACGUAGACUUGAACAGUAUUUCCUCCUUGGUUUUCAUUUUGUGCUUGUAUUUGGAAAGGAUUGUGGUCCAGCAGAAUACAAAACUAAUGAUGGUCAGUGCUGCCCUAUGUGUAAUAAAGGCUUGGUGGUCCGGAGAGAUUGUACAAUAGAGUCCAGCACAUCUUGUAUGCCCUGUAUCAGAGGGACCUUCAUGAACGAGGCCAAUGGUCUAACCAAGUGCUUUCCCUGCAGUCCCUGUGACCCAGGACAGGGCCUGUUCACUCAGACCGAGUGCAAACCAACAAGUAACACAGUCUGCCACGUUCUAGAUGGAUACUACUGUAGAAGCUACUCAUCCAACUCUGAGUGUAGCUUUGCAGUAGAACAUACACACUGUUCACCGGGACAGAGUACUAAAUCACCUGGUACAAAGACAACAGAUACCAUGUGUGAGGAGUGUCAGGAUGGCUUUUACUCACAACAUGGUGUGAACUGCACUGCUUGGACUGAUUGUGCAGCAAUGGGACGCAUGAAGACUGAAGAUGGAAAUUCUAGACAAGAUGUUAUUUGUAACAAAGUGCCACCAAGGAUCCAUACCACUCUAAUAGUUCCAUUAUUAUUAUUAGGCCUAACAGUUGCUGCACUGUUUGGUUUCUACCUGGCAAGAGCUAAACGUAAGAAAGGUUCCUGUGCAAGAAACGGGACAUCUACAAGUAUCUACCAGUAACUCCCUAGUGGAAACAGCAGAGAAUGUGCCUGGUAAUGUUGUAACUGAUUGACAGUCAGCAUCCACUAAACUCAGAUGAAGUGCCAUGAAUGCAUGCAGAUACCCAGAAGGCUGUAAAACAUGAAUCGAGUACUUGUGAUAUGCAAUGCAUUUGCUCCUGCAUUUUGACUAUUAAGUAUACUUAUCUGGAGUGGACUGUUGAAUACAGUGAAUGCCAAGAGUGUGCAAAGCUGUCAUCAAGCAAAGGGUGGCUACUUUGAAGAAUCUCAAAUAUUAAAUGUAUUUUGUACUUUUUUGGUUACUACAUGAUUCCAUAUGUGUUAUUUCAAAGUUUUGAUGUCUUCACUAUUAUUCUACAAUGUAGAGAAUAGGUAGGUGUGUCCAAACUUGACUAUGUGUAUAAAAAGUAUACAGUAAAGUAUUAUAGAGAUUAUAACAGAACAUGGCCAAGAUGUUCAAAUGUUCAUAAAUGACCAGCAUGGUCCAAUAAUAAUAAGGCAGAACAGUUGAAACUGGAGCAGCGGCACGGCCAGGUGGACCGGGGACAGCAAGGAGUCAUCUUGUCAGGUAGUCCUCAGGCAUGGUCCUAGGGCUCAGGUCCUCCGAGAGAGAGAAAGAAAGAGAGAAUUAGAGUGAGCACACUUAAAUUCACAUAGGACACCGAAUAGGACAGGAGAAGUACUCCAGAUAUAUCAAACUGACCCUAGCCCCCUGACACAUAAACUACUGCAGCAUAAAUACUGGAGGCUGAGACAGGAGGGGUCAGGAGACACUGUGGCCCCAUCCGAGGACACCCCCGGACAGGGCCAAACAGGAAGGAUAUAACCCCACCCACUUUGUCAAAGCACAGCCCCCACACCACUAGAGGGAUAUCUUCAACCACCAACUUACCAUCCUGAGACAAGGCUGAGUAUAGCCCACAAAGAUCUCCGCCACGGCAGAACCCAAGGGGGGGCGCCAACCCAGACAGGAUGACCACAUCAGUGACUCAACCUUUGUAUGAGGACAAUCAGAAGUGUCCAUGAGCAUAUGCAGGGCAUCUUUUUUUGUAUUGAUUGCUGCUUUCUUUUACAUUGUAGUGGUUGUUGUAUUGUUGUGAUCAGGGUAACCUUGGAAAUGAGACUCUGGUCUCAAUGGGUUUUCCCUGAAUAGAUACAGAAUAAUAUAAAAACAUUGUCCCAGUU